GCUGGGAGUUUAAAUCCGGGCGGAGGGAAGCAGGCUGCCAGUGCUGCCAGCGGCGUCAGCGAGAGCGGUGCUGCUUUCUGUCCGUCUUGAGGCGCAACGUGUUCGGGAGGAGGCUGCCAGCAGAGCCGGAGGGGGAGCGUUUGUGACAGAUUCAAAAAUAACUUAUCUGCAUCAAAAUCAAAAUGUCUGCCAAUGAGAAUGCUGGAGGAGCAGCUGUUCGUCUGAACAGAUUCAAGAAUAAGGGAAAGGAUUCUAAUGAAAUGAGACGGCGACGAAUGGAAAUAAAUGUGGAGCUGAGGAAAGCCAAAAAAGAUGAUCAGAUGCUUAAACGAAGAAAUGUUGGUACAUUUCCUGAUGAAGCCACUUCACCUCUGCAGGAAAACCGAAGCAAUCAGGUUGCUGCCCAUUGGUCUGUUGAAGAUAUUGUUAAAGGCAUCAACAGCAAUAAUGUGGAAUUGCAGCUGCAAGCUACACAGGCUGCUAGAAAACUAUUGUCACGAGAGAAACAGCCCCCUAUAGACCAGAUAAUCAAAGCUGGCCUGAUUUCAAAGUUUGUGUCAUUCUUGGGAAGAACAGAUUGUAGUCCUAUUCAAUUUGAAUCUGCUUGGGCACUGACCAACAUUGCCUCUGGCACAUCAGAACAGACAAAAGCAGUAGUAGAUGGAGGAGCAAUCCCUGCCUUUAUUUGCCUGCUGGCUUCUCCUCAUACUCACAUCAGCGAGCAAGCUGUAUGGGCUUUAGGAAAUAUUGCAGGUGAUGGUUCUGCCUACCGAGACUUAGUCAUUAAAUAUGGUGCACUAGACCCACUUUUGGCGCUUCUUGCUGUCCCUGAUCUCUCAUCUAUAGCUCUUGGCUACUUGCGCAACGUAACCUGGACUCUUUCAAACCUUUGCCGUAAUAAGAACCCUGCACCACCUAUAGAAGCUAUUCAGCAGAUCCUUCCUACUCUUGUUCGGUUAUUGCACCACCAUGACCAUGAAGUUUUGGCAGAUACAUGCUGGGCUAUUUCUUACUUGACUGAUGGUUCAAAUGACAGAAUUGAAGUAGUUGUAAAAACUGGACUGGUGCCACAACUAGUGAAGCUUCUGGCAUGUGGAGAACUUCCAAUAGUGACUCCUUCAUUAAGAGCCAUAGGAAACAUUGUAACAGGGACUGACGAACAAACUCAGAUUGUAAUAGAUUCUGGAGCACUUGCUGUCUUCCCCAACUUGCUUACGCAUCAUAAAAACAACAUCCAAAAAGAAGCAGCAUGGACUAUGUCUAACAUCACCGCUGGCCGGCAGGACCAGAUUCAGAAGGUUGUGGAACAUGGACUCAUCCCAUAUCUUGUUAAAAUUUUGGAAAAGGGGGAUUUCAAAUCCCAAAAGGAAGCUGUAUGGGCUGUGACCAACUAUACAAGUGGUGGAACAAUUGGCCAGAUCAUAUACCUUGUUCAGACUGGGAUAGUGGAACCACUGUUGAACCUUCUGACAGUUAAAGAUGGCAAAACUGUUCUAGUGAUUAUGGAUGCUAUUAGUAACAUCUUUGUGGCGGCUGAGAAGAUAGGGGAGACCGAAAAGCUCUGCAUUUUGGUUGAAGAGUGUGGUGGCUUAGACAAAAUUGAAGCUCUGCAGUCCCAUGAAAAUGAGCAAGUGUACAAGGCUGCUGCAAAUCUUAUUGAGAAAUAUUUUUCUGGAGAGGAGGAAGAAGAUGCGAAUAUUCUUCCAGAGUCAACUACUAAUGCAUAUGAUUUCCAGAUUCAAGACAAUACUGGUGCCUUUAAUUUCUAGAUUAUUUGUAUGACAAAGCAUUCAACUACCAGUCUGUUUUAUCUGUGUGCUCUACUUUUUAUACUGCUUUUUUAUAUGUGAAAUGUGAAGUAGCACUUUGUUGCAACUGAAACUACUUGAAAAGUUCACUGCAAGGGUAUCUGCCCUAUGUGAAUUAGUCGUCUUCCUUCACCUGUGUGUCCUUUUUUUUGGUUUUCCUAUAAACUUCCACUUCUGCAUCUUUGAACUGUCUGUCCUUCAGUGUUUGGAUUUACCUAGGUUUGGGAGAUGGAAAUAGUAUUGGGUCUUGAAUCUUCUCACAACUGCCUGCUUGAACAUUCACACUGCCUGGCAGAACCGAAGUAAUAUGUAGUCUUUGUUUUAAUGUUUUUUUUUUCCUCAAAGGAAUUCCUGCUAGAGUAAGAGGUCACUCUGCUUUCCAGAUGAAAUUGAUUUUAAGAUGGCUUGUUCAAAUGUAAUAAACACUGGUUAUACCUGA